AUGGCUGCUCUCAUCAGCGCGUACUCGUCGUGGCCAGAGUCCUUCGAGUGUCCUCCGGGAGACGGAGACGUAGCCGACGGGCAUGGCCCGCACAGGACUCCCGGGGAAAAGGCGCCGGAGCCUCGGAUCAGACGACCCAUGAACGCAUUCAUGGUUUGGGCCAAAGAUGAGCGCAAACGGCUGGCGAUUCAAAAUCCAGACCUGCACAAUGCCGAGCUCAGCAAAAUGUUGGGUAAGUCAUGGAAGGCCCUUACUCCCCCUCAGAAGAGGCCCUAUGUGGAGGAAGCAGAGAGACUUCGGGUGCAGCACAUGCAGGACUACCCCAACUACAAGUACCGGCCACGCCGGAAGAAACAGCUGAAACGCAUCUGCAAGCGAGUGGACCCCGGGUUCCUUCUGAGUGGACUGGCUCCUGACCACAGCACCCUGCCCGAUCAGCGAGCCCUCUGCCAUCCCCUCGACAAAGACGAGGGCAGCCCUAACGGAGCCAGCAGCAGCUUUUCCAGCUCCAGCCCUGCUCUGCCCAGUGUCAGAAGCUUCAGAGACCCUGCCGGCUCCAACAGCAGCUUCGACACCUACCCAUACGGCCUGCCCACUCCUCCUGAGAUGUCCCCGUUAGAUGCGGUGGACCAUGAGCAAAUACCCCCCUCUUAUUACUCAACAUCUAGUAGCUCCUCUGUUUCCUGCUCUUCCUCAGUCUCCUGUCCAGAUGAGCACCACCAGAAUCAGACACACAUGGGCAGCCCACCCCCUUACCAAUCUGAUUACACUCAUACCCAGAUCCACUUAGGUCACAUCUCUCACAUGUCCCAAACCGGAGGCUGCAGUGGACUGAUCCCUGGCCCUCCCCUGUCUUUUUACAGCUCCCCAGCUUUCCCCCAGAUGCACCACGGGGUCCACCAGGGCCACCUGGGUCAGCUGUCCCCCCCACCAGAGACACAAGGUCACCUGGAGACUCUAGACCAGCUGAGCCAGGCCGAGCUUCUCGGUGAAGUGGACCGCAAUGAGUUUGACCAGUACCUGAACUCUACCGGGGGCGGCUUCCACCCUGAGCAAGGCAGCAGCAUGACUGUAACGGGACACAUCCAGGUGGCAUCUGCCGCCACCACUUCUGCCACUACGUGUCCCAGUAGCUCCACAGAAACCAGCCUCAUUUCAGUGCUUGCAGACGCAACGGCGGCCUACUACAACAACUAUGGCAUCUCGUAAGCAUGGCUACGAAAACUAUUACACAUGUGACUGAUCAUAGACACUACAAAGGUUGAAGAAAUUUAGGACCAUGUUGCACUUGGGUGCUGAUAAAGGGAAACCCUUAGCAUCUAAGGGCAAAUUAAUCCGACCAUGAUUAAAAACUGAACUGAUUACAGAGCAAUAUGAUUGUCUGGAGCCGGCGAAAGAACAAAGAGGAAUUGGAGGAGUAUGAAGAAAAGGAGAUGGGCACCUCAGGGAUGCAGACACAAAAUACUACAGUAUGCCACCUCCAGUUGUCCUGAAAUUUCUACACCAGUAAAACAGUUGAAAAAGACUUGUUUGUCCACUUGUAAAUGUUACCAGUUACUGUUGCCAGUGAGGCAUGUACAGAUGCUUUUUAGAAGCUAAUUUAAGACCUUUGAUGUUUUGCAUAAAUGCUAACUGUAAUGCUCUUAUCAGCGCUUUCCAUUCGAAUGUUUAUAUCAUGUUCCUGCUCUCAUUAGUUUGGGAGUCUUACCUCAGUAGUUGUAGUUGGAUGAGGUUUUAGUUUGGACAUUUCUUAUGCAAUUUAACAAAGUGAUGUAUAAUGAUGACAGAAAGGCGUUUAUACUUCUUCUCAAGUACUUAAUAAUAUAUAAUCGACCUCUAUGAUGAAAAAUAAUAAUGGUAACUGUAACUGUAUGCUGAUUUUAGGUUUGUGAAAGACAAUAAUUUAAAAUAAAGGUCAAUUUUUAUAUUAA